UACUUGUGCGCUUGCGCAGUGUGAUUAUUCUGUGUGCUGUGUGUUGUGCGAAGGUGAACAAGAUGAGGUUUGCUAGGUCUGGAAUGUUGUUAGGAGCGGCCAUCUUGGCUGUCAUUAUCUGUCAUCAGCAGAGUAAUGCAGUAAAAAAAGAAGAGCAGCUUGGUGAGAGGGUUAAGCAGCUGGUAGAGUGGGGUAACAAACGGGCAGUCAUCCGUAUGAAUGGGGACAAAUAUCGACUGUAUGCUAAGAGUUCCCCAAGGAAUUACUCCCUGGUCAUCAUGCUGACUGCCAUGCAGCCUCAGAGGCAGUGCUCCGUAUGCAAAGCUGUCGGUGAGGAGUAUCAGAUACUGGCCAACUCAUGGCGUUACUCUCAAGCUUAUUCCAACAAACUCUUCUUCGCCAGUGUGGAUUAUGAUGAGGCUGCAGAUGUCUUUAAGAGCUUAAAGAUCAACUCUGCCCCCAGCAUUAUCCACUUCCCAGCCAAGGGAAAGCCAAAGAAAGGAGAUACAUUUGAAAUUCAGAGGUAAGUUGGAAUUCAGGCUGAAAAUUUGGCAAAAUGGGUUUCUGAAAGGACAGAUGUACAUAUCCGCAUCUUCCGUCCACCCAACUACUCUGGUACCAUUGCCCUUGGUAUCCUCCUGGCCAUGGUUGCGGGCUUUUUGUACUUCAGACGCAACAACCUUGAGUUCCUCUACAACAAGACCAUGUGGGGUGUUGGUGCUCUGAGCAUUGUAUUUGCCAUGACCUCAGGUCAGAUGUGGAAUCAUAUCAGAGGACCACCUUACGCUCAUCGUAACCCACAGAAUGGACAAGUGAGUUACAUCCACGGAAGCAGUCAAGGACAGUUUGUAGCUGAGACCCACAUCGUCAUUCUUCUUAAUGCUGCUGUGACCUGUGGUAUUAUCUUGUUGAAUAAAAACUCUAUUACUGAUGGUGAUGUGAGGAAGCGUAGAGUUGUGACUGUUAUAGGAUUGGCCCUGGUUGUCUUCUUUUUCAGUCUCUUACUUUCAAUAUUCAGAGCCAAGUAUAGAGGUUACCCAUACAGCUUCCUUAUAAAGUGAUCUGUGAUUUGAAGAACACUCUAAUCGGAAGCCUUGCUUGCAUCAUUUUACUUCUUAGAAUUUAUCACAGUAAUUCUAUGUUGUUUCCUGUUUUUUAAGUUUUCAAGGGUUAUUGUGUAUGAUGAGCCAUGCUUGCAUAUAUUCUUCUAAAAAAUGUCAAUGUUAUUUUUAUUGUCAUUUGUGUCAUUUUCAGGAUAUGCUUUUUUUUGCAGGUUUGUAAAGAUUACACUACUAAAAUAAAUCAUGUAGUAAAAAAAAAUAGCAGCAAGAAAUACCUCAACUUCUUAUUAGUUAAAUUUAUAAAGUGUGGCAUAUGAUUUUUAGUUGAUGAAAUAUCAUACUUGUUUCUGACAUCAAAGUGCCAUAUACUUACAUAAUUUGAAAUGAUGAUUGAAUCAAUUUUAGAAGUAAUCAGUUGAACCAACUUCAGAACUAACUUCAGCGAUGUGAUAAUUUGUCAAAAAGAAAGCUUUGGACAUUGUCC